ACACUGGGCCCAUCCAUAGAAGAGAAGGCAGGAACAGCAGCAGGAGCAGGAGGAGGAGGAGCACCAGGGUGUGGGUGUGUUUUAUUGCCACCAUCACGUGGAUGCAUGCACCACUUGUCCAUGCUUUUUCCAGGAUCUCGGUUGAUUGCCACAUGGUGGCCGCCACGCGGCAAAGAAACUCUGAGAGCCGGAGCAUUAACCCGUCGUCGUUGUCCCCUUCUUCUCUCUCCCUUUCAAGGAGGAGGAGGAGGAGGGGGCUGCUCCCCUCGCCCUCGAGCUUAUCAAUUUCAAAAUGCCACGUGGCAGGCCAGCCUCCUCGCGCGGGCAUUGCGCCAGGUGUCACUCCCCUGUGACCCGUGUGAUCAUCAUUUUGCACUAUGUCGCCAAGUGAGGAGACAUGCCAUGUCCUCCCCGACAGAUCGUUGCGCGAAUGGCAAGGCGGAGGCGGAGGCGGCGGGGGGGCCGGCGGUUAAGAAGCGGGAGCGGGAGCGGGAGGGCGAGGGGGAGGUCUCGUUAGCCAGGCGAUCAAGUCAACAUCGGCGCGCUUAUGACGUGUCCUUUCCAUCAAUCUCAUUCUCGUCCUUAUCUUCUUCUUCUUCUUCUUCUUCGUCGUCGUCGUCGAAGAUAGGCUGCAAUCUGAUGACGUGGAAGACGGGCGGUGACCGCAGGAGAGGGGGCGGCGCAGGUAGUCCGCCGGGUGAUCAAGCCAGAAAUGACCGGAACGUAGGGUGCUGCCACGUCGCAACGCGCGGGUACAGUGGGACAAGUAGAGCGCGAGAUGAUGCACAGGGUGAGGCGGCGGGAGCGAGCUCGACGACCGCGGACUACCAGAGCAACGACCGGUCGACUGCCGUAGAUAGGAGGGGCAUGGAUAAGGAUGUGGAUAAGGUCGGCGGACCACGUCGAUUGAGGGAAGAGCUGACGUGGCGGCCUGUCGUGGACUCCCGCUCUCUUGCCAUCGACGAAUGCUGGGCGUCGUCCUACGUGUCACCCGAUGGUAUUGUACACCGGUUUGCCACCGUGGCCGCCUGCGAUGGCUCUAAAGUCGGAUGUACAGAGGAGGAUAUCCACAGCCUCGACGACGCGUUAGCUCAAGUCAGCAGCCACCUCCAGCAGUUGGAGCAACGACCCGUCGCCGCCCCCGUUGCCAGCUCCUCCAACACCUCCGAUCGCCUCGAGGCAUUGGAGAUUGACGUCGGAUCCCUCAAGGACGGCGUGCAGUUACAGCAAACCGCAACGCAACAGUUGGAACAACUGAUCUGUACUGCAGCCAACCACUCAAGCUCGGAACCGCGUGAGACAACUCCAAAGUUCGAUGGGCAGAAGAUCUUCUGCGACUCGACGAAGACGGACCCGAUUCCAUGGUUCCGCAAGUUCGAGCUCGAGUUGCAGCUCCACCACGUCAGCGAAAACAAGCAUCAUGCGUACUUAUACUUCCGGUCGGGGGGCGCGUGCCAAGCAUGGUUGGACAAUCUCUUGUCCAAGUACGGGGUGGUAGUUGCCGACUUGUACACCAAGGUCAACUGGGAUGAUCUAAAGGCGGCGUGGCAUAAGCGGUUCCAAGUAGAGCCGCCAGAGAUCAAGGCAAUGGACAAGUUGAUGACCUUCGAACAAGGCAUGCUGCCGAGUGCUGAGAUAGUCAGCCUCAAACAGUCCCAACUCGCUGCCCUCCGUCCUCCUAACCCUCGACCUGCUGCAGUCCCAGUCUCUCAACCUAACACAGUCCUCAUGAGGAGAUCAAGUGGAACUGUGACGAGCGCAGGAACCGGUGCCAACUCCUCAAGCGACAGCGCCGACAGUUCUGCACUGGUCAGUGUUCCAAAUGCAGGAACAUCAGCCCAAAACGCCACAGUUCUUACUGACGUACAGUACAACGGUCCCGUAGUGGACAAGCGGGCGGCCACUUUGCCGUCCAAUUACGACGAGAAAGGGGACAUCACCUCUUGGAUUAGCUCCAUGCGCUCAUACUUCGAGGUGCUGCGAACACCGCAAGAAGACCGAAGCAUGAUCAUGGGCACAAAUACUGAGCCCGUCGUACAAAGUUUCAUAGAACUCCAAACUGUUACAGCAGGUUAUGAGAGGAUUGACCUGGCCGAGUGGCUGAAAGUAACUCGUGUACGCACUCUUGAGGACCUCCUCAUCAUGCGGUACCAAGAUAAGCGCGCUGUGCUCAAGGCAAGGCUGAAGCUUGAGGCCCUCAAGGGCCAAACGUGGAGGACCUCCAUGCAGGCUUUGGAACAACACUUGACUGGUCUGUUCACCACUCCAAACCUCGGAAUGACCGACGUGUCUUGCAUGGAUGUAGUCAUGGGAGUGGCCCCUAAAGAAUACCUCUCCUUGCUAGCACUCAAAGACCAUACCACUUGGCGAGAGCUAAUGACGGAUCUAGUCAACCUAGAGGCCAAGGACCUCGCCAGGCGUACAAAGGCACCCGCUGCAGGUAGAAAAUCACAACGCAAGCGGUAUGGAAGCAACAACCAGCUUGCCCUGCAUGAACACCGAGAGGCUGAAGAUCAGUCCUACGCGCGGAUGAUCUGUCUCUAGAUGACGAUCUAGCGCCGGACUCCGAUAUGGGUUGUUCUACAUCAGCCAUUUGAGUUUGACGUGAAUGAAGAAGAAAAAUUUAA